AUGUCGCAAGAUACUGGGUUGUUUAGUGUCAGGCGUCCCCGAGAGACGCUAGCAAGUGUUCAAAAUUUCACUUCCAUCCCACAGCCCGCUUCUGCUCUGAAACGCACAAGUUCCAUCGGAUACAACAAUCCUCCGUUUACCUCGCAAAAUGCCCGUCGAACGUCCCUGAUGAGCUCGGUCAACAGGCCGCAGCAGCCCAAUUUUAGUCGUGCUUCUUCUGGAGGACCAUUUGCUGCGGAGGCCGGUCUCUCCUCUGUCCGUCGCUCUGUAUCUACCAACUUGUUCCAUGGUGCUAGUGCAAGUCGCCAAAGCUUUGCGCCGAACUCUAUCCCGUCAAUUCCUGCGCCGCAAAGCCUACAACGCCGCAGCAGUGUAUUUUCACGGCCUUCCAUGGGAGGUCCCAUCGGCCAUCAGUCUUUUUUCAAUCAAGUUCCUGCGGUAGCAGGCGUUCCCCGGGAUCCCCGACCACUUCGAGAUCGAUCUUUUCAAGCACGCAUUGGACAAGAGCUAUUGGAAUAUUUGACAACCAACCAAUUUGAGCUGGAAAUGAAGCAUUCUUUGGGUCAGAACACUCUUCGUUCACCGACACAAAAGGAUUUUAACUACAUUUUCCAGUGGCUGUAUCAUCGCAUUGACCCCGGAUAUAAGUUUCAAAAAGCUAUGGAUGCUGAGGUCCCUCCAAUUCUCAAGCAGCUGCGCUAUCCUUACGAGAAGGGAAUCACAAAGUCACAGAUCUCGGCCGUUGGUGGUCAGAACUGGUCAACAUUUUUGGGUAUGUUGCAUUGGUUGAUGCAAUUGGCACAGAUGAUGGAGGGUUAUGUACAUGGACAAUACGACGAAGCAAGCGCUGAAGCUGGUGUGGAUCUCACGGGCGAUCGAAUUAUUUUCCGUUUCCUUACCGAGGCCUAUCACGACUGGCUUCAAGGUGGUGAGGAUGAGGACGACGAAACGGCGGAGCAGCGGUUGGUACCGCACAUCGAGAACAUGUCACAACAAUUUGCUCAAGGUAAUGAGCGGUUUGUAAAGGAGAUGGAAUCUCUGGAGGCAGAAAACAGAGCCCUCCGUGAGCAAAUUGAGGAGAUGGAGAGGAAUGCGCCGGAUAUGGCCAAGCUAGACAAGCACUUUCGAAUUCUGGAAGACGACAAAAGGAAAUUCGAAGACUACAAUCAGAAUGUCAAGGGCAAGAUCGAGAAGUACGAAACUCGAAUCAAAUUCUUGGACAGCGAAAUCCAGAAAACCGAUGCGGACCUUCAGACAACUGAGUCUGAACGAUCCGAUCUUCAAGCCAGUGUGGAUCAACAGGGUAUUACUAUCCAAGAUAUCGAUCGCAUGAACACUGAGCGGGAACGUCUUCAAAAGAGUCUGGAGGACACAAUUGCUCGUUUGGAGGAGACACAUGCACGUGUCAUGGAGAAGGAAGCUGAAGCCAGCCAAAAGCUGGAGGAUCUUGAAAAGAUCGUCAUGAACUACAACACAUUGGGCUACCAAGCCAGUUUAAUUCCCUCAUCUGCGGAGAACGCGAGGGAUCAAGACUUUGAACUUCACUUGAAUGUGAACGAAAAUAAUUUCUCUGCCAGCCAAAUUGGCGCAGGUCCCAGUCGAUUUACAUCCGAGGGUGAUCGCCUAUUAGCCGAGCCUUUUACUGGAUAUCAUCCCGCCCAUUUGUUGAAUCUUGAUCUUCGGGGCUUUGUGCGCAACAAUCUGCAAUCUCUUCGCAAGGAAAUCAAUGAGCGACGAAAGAAAGGAAUUGACGAUGAUCUCGAGCGCCGCAAUCUCCUCGACAAUAUUAAGGAGGCAAUGGACGAAAAGCGAAGCGAGGUCGAGGCCUUGGAGCAUCGACGUCGAGCGGCAGAGGAGGAGUUUGAACGCACCAAGGAGAUUACCACCACUCAGAAGCUGGCAUCUGACGCUCAGAUUGAGAAGAUGGAAAAGGAACUUGCCAAGAUGCGUGCCACUCUCAGCGACAGUGUCCAAUUAAUGGAACAGCGCGAGAUGAACACCAACAUCGAGUAUGAGCAGUUGACAUUACGAGCGAAUGCACUCCGAGAGGAGCUUCAUACUAAUGUGGAGACCAUGCUCAACGAUGUCAUUCGUUUCAAGGUGCAUGUUCAGAAAGGCCUAGAAGACUACGAGAGUUUUGUUGUUGAUGAAGUGGAGCAGGAGCUUGGAGGAGAUAUGGCCAUGGAGGAGGAAGAAUUAUGA